AUGGAUGCCGAUGUCGUUGGGAUCGAUAUCGAUGAUGACGAUGGCGACGAUGCUGUCAUAUUCAGCAUCUCCAAUGACUGCCACAGUGAGGACGAUGACGCCCUCACUGGUGAAGACAACGUUCUUGCAGCAGUGCACACGAAGCGCACUGGUGUUGACAAGGAUGAGCCAUCAGAGGAAUUUCUGCUGACUCGCGAAGCGGUUGUCCACUUCGUUCAAGACUCUAUUGCAGAUGCACUAGACCGACAGAAGAGAAACGUAGACAAACAUGGAAGAGCAAAUGUUCUUUCAUUUAAUAAAGAAAACUUAGUUUUUACUGUCAGCAUUAAAUAUACAAAAAACACAGUGACAAACAUGGGCAGCAGUUCAUUACUGCCCAAGUACACCGGUCCAUUUCGUGUGUUGUGCCGCAUGGGCAACGCUUACACGAUCGAACUGCCUUGUAGGAUGCGUACGCAUCCUACGUUUUACAUUGGACGUCUCCGCCCGUACUAUCAGUACGAGCCCGUUUCGAGAUGCGAAGAACACCUCCGCGGUCGAGAGCCGAGACCACCUUCGAGUGGUCCUGUUACAACGAGCCAGUCUGGUCGACUAGCGAAGCGACCUGUUCACGCAGUUCAGCGAUGUCUCGACGAGCUACAGACAGCUCGUACGAAGAAAACGAGUCGAACGUUCGUUCUCAAAUCGCGCGAACGCAAACUCGGCACGAUCGUUCGAACGAUCGUGCGCUAA